AUGUGUUAUGCGAAUGGCAUUCUAUCUUCGAUCUUCUUAUCAUAUGCACUCUUGUUGUGCUUUUCUCAUCCCUUCUGCUCUGCUAGAGAUACAAUAACCAAAGACGAUCCAAUUAAAGAUGAUGGAUCAGCGGGUCUUGUUUCAGCUGGAGGAAAAUUUGAACUGGGAUUCUUUUCCCUAAAUGCAAUAGGAAGAUAUGUUGGGAUAUGGUAUCACCAACUGACUCCAAUGACACUUGUAUGGGUUGCCAACAGAGACAAUCCACUACUUGCUAAUCAAACUGGAGUUCUUGCAAUUAAUCGGGGUACCCUCCAACUGCUGGAUAAUACUUCAGGUAAGUCUUUAUGGUCGGCGGAGAUUAAAGUAAUAGUAACACAAGCUUUCAAUCGGACAGUGAAGCUCAAGGAUGAUGGGAACUUGGUGUUAAGCGAUGAAGCAGAGUUGGGAAUAGUUCUGUGGCAAAGUUUCCAAAAUCCUACUGAUACAUUCCUCCCUGGGAUGAUAAUGGAUACAAGCUUAAAUCUGACUUCAUGGAGCGGCGCAGAUGACCCAAGAACUGGGAACUUUACCUUUAAACUAGUUGAAGACAACCAGUAUAUCAUCAAGAAAUCAGCCACAGAUUACUGGAGAAGUGGAGCACCAAAUGACAAUUUUUUUAGCUCAGAUGAAAUGCCUGCUGCAGUUGCUUACUUGUUAUCAGAUUUCAGCGACAGUUACUUAAAAAAAGGUUCCGGCAGGAUUUUCCAACAUAAUGAUUCUUCAUACAAACAGAUAGCAGUUCUGCCACGAUCAGAGUACAACUCUACAAGAUUGGUGAUGGAUUAUACUGGAAAGCUGAACUGGCUUGUGCACAAACACAACUACUGGAGCCCAACAUGGCUGGAGCCAAUAGAUAAUUGCAGUGUGUAUAACCCUUGUGGGUACUUUGGUCCCAGCUGUAACAGUACUAAUAGUCCAAUAUGCAAGUGUUUGCAUGGUUUCAAGCCCCAGCUUCCAAAUAAAUGGGACCUUGGAGAUUUUUCUGGUGGAUGCAUUAGAGAGUCCAACUUAUGUGCUACCACAGCUACGAAUGAUACAUUCUUCAGUUUGAAGGUGAAGAAAGUCCAAAAGCCAGACUCAGAGACCUCUGCUGCCAAUGAAACAGAAUGCAGGAACAAGUGCUUCAACGACUGCAAAAGAAAAUCCUCAAGAGCCGACUAUAUCAUCAUUGGAGAAUCAUUGACGAAGAAAAAUUCCAUUGUUUCUAAUAGUUGUUGCAGUGCUUGUAACCGUUAUUAUUCUGAUCAGAUAAGUCGCGGACAGCUUGAUAGUGAAAGACAAGUCAAAACCUUAAUAGAGACAAGUGAGUUCAAGGAAGAAGAUGGGAAAGGUAUAGAUGUACCUUUUUUUAUUUGCAAAGCAUAUUACAAGCUACAGAUAACUUUUCAGAUGCUGAUAAACUUGGACAAGGGGGGUGGACCUGUUUAUAAGGGAGUGUUUCCUGGAGGUCAAGAAAUUGCAGUUAAGAGGCUAUCAAGGGUUUCAGUACAAGGCUUACAGAAAUUUAAGAAUGAGGUGGUGCUAAUCGCCAAACUUCAACAUCCUAGAGAUACAUUGACACACGCUGAUCCAGUUAUUGAUGACGGAUCAUCAGCAACUCUUGUUUCAGCAGGAGGAACAUUUGAACUGGGUUUCUUUACCCCUCGUCCUACUGGGAAAAAUAACUCGGGCGCUGAUGGCAGGUUUGUUGGCAUAUGGUAUCACAGAUUGACUCCAAUGACAGUUGUAUGGAUUGCCAACCGAGAACAUCCACUACCUGCCAAUACCACUGGACGUCUUACAAUUGAAGAAGGUAGCCUCCGCCUGUUGGGUAGUUUUGGAGAGAAAUAUUGGUCAACAGACUUUGUAUCAUCAUCUGUUAACAUGAUUGUGAAGUUAAUGGAGACUGGAAACCUGGUGUUAAUGGACUCUGAUCAGAUGGCAGCAAAUACUCUGUGGCAGAGCUUUCAAAACCCGACUGAUACAUUCAUUCCUGGGAUGCUAAUGGAUAAAAGCUUUAAGUUGACUUCUUGGAGAAACGAAAGCGACCCUGGACUUGGGAACUUCAUCUUCAAAUAUGAGAAGCAGUAUAUCAUCUUAAAGAAAUCGGUUCCUUACUGGAAAAGUGGAGAGCCAGGUAAUGAGUUCAGCUCAAAUGAAAUGAGUCCUGAAGUAGCUUACUUGCUAUCAAAUUUCAGCAGCACUGAUACAAGUAGACAGUCUACUUAUCAUAAUUUUACUAUUGUGCGACAUUGGAAUUUCAGUUAUACACGGCUGGUGAUGAAUUCUACUGGAAAGUUACAGUUUUUGACUUGGAAUGAGAACAAGAAGUAUUGGCUUGUUUCGUGGUCGGAGCCAAAAGAUCAGUGUAGUGUGUUUAAACCUUGUGGAAACUUUGGCAGCUGUAAUAUUAAUAAUUGGCCUUUGGUAUGCAAAUGUUUGCCCGGUUUCAGGCCUCAGUCCCCUGAGGAUUGGAGUUCUAGAGAUUUUUCAGGUGGAUGUUAUAGAGAGUCGACAUUGUCUAACAACCACAGCACAUUCUUGAGCUUAAAGAUGAUGAAAGUUAGAGAGGCAGACUUGCAGUCCAAUGUGGGUAAUGAACCAGAAUGCAGCAAGGUUUGUCUAGAGAACACCCAGUGCCAGGCUUACUCGUAUGCCGUUCUACCUGAAAACAGCGGUCAAAGAGGUACUACUACCACCACUAGCAAUUCCUCAUGCUGGACAUGGUUCGAAGAUCUAAAUAAUCUUGUAGAAGAGUAUAACGGUGGCCACAAUGUCUCUGUUCGAGUUGCCUCAUCUGAUAUAGAAUCUACUGUAAGAGACUGUAAGCCUUGUGGCACAACGAUGAUACCUUAUCCCCUAAGCACCGGACCGGAUUGUGGUGACCCCAUGUACUUCCAUUUCAACUGCAACACUUUGACAGGCCAGGUUAGCUUCAUGGAGCCGAAUGACGCCUUUAGAGUUAUAAGCAUCACUCCGAGUACGCAAAAAUUUGUACUCCAAGGAUUGCCAGCCAAAAAGCUAGAUAGUUGUGAUUCUAGAAGCAGAGCUAAAACUCUACCGCUCAACCCAUCGUCACGGUUUAAAAUAAGUAGUUGGUGCAAUGCAGACCUCGGAAACAUUAGUUCUGAAGUAUUAUCUUCUGGAGUUCUUGAUGUAGUAGAGUUGAGUUGGGACCUACCGCUGGAACCAGCCUGCAAUACAUCAGAAGAUUGCAAGGGUUGGCCAAAUUCAACCUGCAAUAUUAUUCCAGAGAAAGAUGCAACAAAAAGAUGCCGUUGCAACAAGAGUUUUCAAUGGAAUGCCUAUAACUUCAGCUGUACUCAAGAAGGUAGUCUUCAGCUGGAGCCAUCAAACCAUCCAUCGCAAUCGUCCUCAGGAGAGGAUUCAGACAGAAAAGUUCCAUUCUAUUUGAUUAUUGUGGUGGUGCUUAUAGGCAUGAUUUUACUGGCAUGUAUCAUUUCUAUUUAUAUAUGGAGAAGAAAACUGACCAGUAAACAAGAUCAAGUAUGUCGUGCACAGUUUGAUAGUGAAAGACGAGUCAAAGAGUUGAUAGACACCAGUGAGUUCAACAAAGAAGAUGAGAAAGGUAUAGAUGUACCUUUUUUUGAUUUUCAAAGCAUACUAGAAGCUACAGAUAAUUUCUCAGAGGCUAACAAGCUUGGACAAGGGGGAUAUGGGCCUGUUUACAAGGGGAAGUUUCAUGGAGGUCAAGAAAUUGCGGUAAAGAGGCUAUCAAAGGUUUCUGGACAAGGGUUACAGGAAUUUAGGAAUGAGGUUGUGCUGAUUGCCAAACUUCAACACCGAAAUCUUGUUAGACUCAGAGGAUACUGCAUCAAAGGAGAAGAAAAGAUUCUUCUCUAUGAGUACAUGCCCAACAAAAGCUUAGAUUCCUUUAUAUUUGAUUAUACACAAAGGGUGUUUCUCAAUUGGGAGAUGCGGUAUAACAUUAUUUUGGGAAUUGCUCGAGGACUUCUUUAUCUUCAUCAAGAUUCCAGGUUGAGGAUCGUUCAUAGAGAUUUGAAAACCAGCAAUGUGCUUUUGGAUGAGGAGAUGAACCCCAAAAUAUCCGACUUUGGCUUGGCCAGGAUUGUUGGAGGCAAAGAAACCGAGGCAAACACAAAUACAGUUGUAGGAACCUAUGGCUACAUGUCUCCGGAAUAUGCGUUGGAUGGAACUUUCUCAAUCAAAUCAGAUGUCUUUAGUUUCGGUGUGGUUCUUCUUGAGAUAAUCAGUGGAAGAAAGAAUGCAGGAUUUUAUCAGUCCAACCAAACUUUCAGCCUCAUUUGUUAUGCCUGGGAACUCUGGACAGAAGACAAGGUGUUGGAUUUAAUGGACAAGAAUUUGCAAGAAAGUUGUAACAGAAGUGAAUUUAUAAAGUGUGUAAAUGUUGGGCUAUUAUGCGUACAAGAAGAUCCCGUUGAUCGCCCUACAAUGUCAAAUGUUAUUACCUUGCUUGACAGUGAAACUGCAGUCCCUGCAACUCCUAAACAACCAGCCUUUUUCGUAAGGAGAGGCAGCUCUAGCACAGCUUCCACUUCUACUAAGCCAGAAACAAUUUCUGAAAUAACUACUCUGGAAGGUAGAUAA